AAAGUUUAAAUCCUAAAGGAUGCAUUCCUGAAGAACGGAGGAUAUGGUUGAGCUGACCGGACCCUCCUCUUCAUACGGGAUGCAUUAACGGUUAUAUAGAAGAGGACCCUGCAGCUCUCAGCUGCUUCUCACACUCUCAGCAUCUGCCAUCAGUCAUUCUGUUUGUCGUCCACAAUAUCCCGCUGCAUAAUUUACUACUACUAGUUAGAGCGGCAGAACCAGCAACGACACUGUGGUAAAAUCCGAGUCGCGCCAACAAUCACCGCAUGUACAAUGGAGCAAGCGAUCUCUGCGCAAUCCCCGGGGGCCACACCGUGCUCGGUGCUACACGAGAUGCGUACCCUUGAGAACAGCGGUGCCUACUUCCUUCCCAAGUUGCAUGCGCUGCGGGAGCUGAACCCGACGCUGAAGGUGCUUGACGUCGGCUGCGGCUGCGGAAGCGUGACGGCAAGCUUCGCCAAGACGAUCGGGCCGCAGGGCCGCGUGGUGGGCGUGGACGUGGACCCCGCGAAAGUGCAGCACGCGAAGAACGUGGCGGCGCGCGAGGGCCUCGCCGACCAGGUCGAGGUGCUCGAGGCCGACGCCUACAAGCUCCCGUUCGCCGACGCAGAAUUCGACGUCGUCCAUACCCACCAGGUCCUCGCCCACACCGCCCGUCCCUGGGACGUACUCGCCGAGAUGCUUCGCGUCACCAAGCCCGGCGGCAUCGUCGUCGCGCGCGAGGGCGACCUCGACUCAGAGGUCGUGUGGCCCGUCACCCCUGGCCUCGAGAAGUUUCAUAAGCUCAUCGCCACGGCUAUGAAUGCCCGCGGCAAAGGGGGCGGUGGAUCGAAUGCCGGACGCCAGCUCCUCCCGUGGGCCCUGAAGAUCGGCGUGCCCAGGAGCAAGAUAAACUUCAGCUUUGGAACUUGGUGGUUUGACACGGCAGAGCAUAAGGAGAUAUGGGCCAAUGCUAUGGCAGAUCAGGUGCGAAGUGGUCAGGUUCGCGAGGUCGCCGUGAAGUCGGGUCUUGUCACCGAAGCCGAUCUCGACGAAAUGGCGGAGGCUUGGGAGCAUUGGGCUGCGAGGGAGGAUUCUAGUGUGGCCAUGAUGCAUGGAGAAAUCAUCAUCGCCAAGUAGCGAACCUGAUGACAAGAGCAGCGACCACUCCAACGGCGGGUGGGGGUGAUGGACCUGGCUCUGUCGGAUUGCUUCCCGGCGAUGGCUCGGCCUGGACUGGCUCGGCCCGGUCGUCGGCAUGGCGGCUCGGUCCGCCCGCCUGCUCACCACUUACUGUCUCGCAAUCCAGUGUCUCCAACCAAACCAAACAAAUCGCAUAUAUAGCAUCGCAACUGAGCAGAAUUGAGAUCCAACCCAGUCAAGCUCGCACUAAGCAUAUAGGAAAAGGAUUUCGUUGUAUAGAGAUCUUUCA